CCUAGCUGCUGACAUAUUUUUUUUAUUAUUAUUCGUCCACUUUGUGAAAACCCAGUCGCUCAGUCAUCUGCUCUUUGAGACAGAAGGAGGGGGAGUAAGCGUGUUUGCGAUCAUUUUACACAAAUUUCGCAAUUUCUCUUCUAACUGUGUAUAGCUGGUGCUGCCUCCUCUGUGUCAUUAGUGCUGCUAGUCUAUUUUGGUCUGUGUGUAAUUGUUCUAUUCCUAUCCGUUGUGUAAUAUUGUAAUGUCUUCAUUUUUGCUUUCUUUAUUUGUGUUCACUGUGCGACACGCGUUCAUACCAAGCUGAGUCGUGUAGUGUUCAUCUUCUGUCAUAUAAUGCUCAAAGAUAUUAAUAAUUUUUGUAUUUUAUCAACAUAGCUUAAACCAGUGACAUUACUUAUCUAAACUAUCACAGAUGACAGAGUUAAUCGGAUAAGUUAUUUCAGUAUUUGCUUAUUUGUGGAGCAGGAGAGGCUAUUAAUUUAACUGUAUUCAGAUGUUUAAAAUAAAAUUUUGGAAUUUAUAUUUUCCUUUCAUUCUUGCAGUAAUCACAUGUAGUGAAUUUUGUUUCCAAGGUUUUACAUUUAGUACAGUGUGAUUGUAAUCUUGGUAUAUUGCAAAGUCCUUCAGUCUGAACUGGAAGAUUAUUAUUCAAGGGUCUAAAGUUAAAAUAUGCUACACAGUCUUUUGUGUAAUGUUUGCAAGUUAUUCGAAUAACUUGCAAACAGAUCUGUAGGCCAUUGGUCUGCACAUAAUUUUGUGCAAGAAGAUUCGAGAUCCAUUCAUCUUUUUGGAUGUUUUCACACUCUCACCCACAGCCUCAUCCAACCGGUUCACACCUUUCAUCUUCUGAGCUUUGUUAGGUGCUAUAGUCAAAUAAUAAUAAUACAUUGAUUUGUCAUUUCAUUCAGAAUAGUUACAUGACACCAAAUGAGACUAAAAUUAGCAUUCCCAUUAUAAAUACAUAGAUUUUGAAUUUUUUAUGUCAUUAAAUAUAAAUUAUACAAUAAGGUACAGCAGGUAUGAGAAAGUUCACGGACAUCAACGGCGCGGGUAGAGUUUAUGUUCAUUUUAUAGGAACAAACAGUUCGUGUUGACAAUGAAGGGGUUAAGGAAAUGGAGAAAUGAGGAGGAUGGGCUGUGACAUUGAACACUGCACAAAACUGAGAAGACAGACUAGGCAUCAUUAACAAGGUGUCUGUAAUGUCGGUUCAUUAUGUCAGUGGUGUCAUCUGCUAACACUGUGAAACUGGGGUAAUCAGGUAUCUUAAAAGGAAACAUCGGGCGAUCACCUGCCCACGUCUGGUGACUUCCCAGCAUGCAUUUCAAUUGCAAAAGCCAUAAUCUCAUAGGAAGUUAUUGUCCUCUCUCCCAGGCUUCUCCGAUUAUCACACGCAUGAAAACUGUGCCAGGGUAAGAGGUUUCCCCGCGAUAAUCUUUGUAAAACUCCUCCAACUGCUCCGACCAUGAUAGACGUUUUCCAUCCUGGUGUUGUCAUCAUUUUGGUGGACUCAAGUAGCGGUAAACCCCUGUAGGGGGGAAUCUUUCAUUGGGGAUUAUCUCGUAGUGGGGUACACUACACGUGACGAGUGUUCACUGGUUGGUUGUCAAGGAAUUUUUCCCAGUGUUUCAGUUUCGUACCCCAUUAGUACCCUUUACCCAUCUCUCCCGCAUAAUGAGAAAUCUCUGUUCCUGUCAGAUAAUUAAACAGCCAGUCUUAAACUGCAGGCUUAUUUUGGUACUUUGAGUCAAGAUUAAGUAGUGGAAAGACUUUUGGUCAGAUGAUGUGAGAAUACACACUGCUGUUUCAUACUUCUUAAAAAAUUAUUCAAGUAAUCGGCAAUGUUACAAGAAAAUGUCUGACGCUCCUCACACUCAACAAAGACCUUUGACAUGAAAGUCAUACAAUUAGCAGUCUGCUUGCAAACUUGCGACUUGUUUGUGAGAGUGGCCAGUCCCUAACAACCUCUGUAUAUCCCCAACCGUCAAGAGCAGAGAACUGUUGCAGUGACGCAGGAGAUGGGCAGCUGAACUCCAUCCACUCCACUCACUUUAGCCUGCAUCCCAGUCACGAGGGGACAGUCGACAGGCAGAAUCCUUCCGCUGUACUUCCCUCUUAGUGUCAACUGAACCCGUCACGUGAUCAUGUGCAGGGCGCUCCAGAGAGCAGACGACCAGCAGCGCAGAUGACAGUAACUGGAAAAACAAGGGUUCAGGAUGCCUCUUACAUUCCGGAAUAUUUGGUGAAAAGCGACCAUCUGCUGUGGUGUAUCCUUCUCGGGAUCAGCACUGAUCAGAGUGCAGAAAUUUGUUAAAUAAUACUUGACAAUAUAUUGUAUUGUGAACGACUUUACUGUGUUGAGCAUCGAAGUUCAACGCCAUGUGAAACUAGUGUGCAGGCUUUGAAAACAAAAUGGUGAUGAUACUGGAGUAAAGACACCUGGUUAUUACAGCUCCACAUCUUUUGUCCCGUGGUAGCUUUUUGUACCACAGGUCUGGUAAUGGAAAGCUCCAGCACUUCAGGGCAAUUCAGCACCGCAAAUACUUCAGAGGUCGCUUCGCAAGAAAUUUUUACAACUUCUGAACCUAUCGCUUCAACUGUUCCUGGUGCUGCUACUGUUGCUAGUGUUGCUGGUGUUGUUGGUGGCCUUUUCAUGGUAGCAAUGAUGACAGCCUGCUUUCUCUGGUGGCGACGACCACGACGCAAUGAGUUACACAGUGCAGGGCAAGACAAAGAUGAUGUUAUAUACUACGAAAUCUCCGAGGAUCCAUCGUCGAAAAAACGGAAGAAAAGAAAAUACAAGAAGAAGGCUCUGGGUAAAAGCGCCGAGACUCCGAACGCAGUCGAGGUGGUAGCGGUGGACGCAGCGCCAGACAUCAUCACUGCCCACGACAGCGACUCCAUCUACGAGACCCUGGACAAGAAGCGCUGGUCACAGGACCAGAAAGUUCUGGCGAUCGUCCGGGCCGACAGUCUCACAUCUGGCGUGGUGGUCAGCGGCCGGGAGUCUCCGCCUCUGGACAUCAAACCCUGUGACCGUACCUACGACCACCUCGACCACUUUGACGCCCGGAAAGAGAGGGACAGUCAGCUGCGCCACAGCGGCUCCACCACCUCCCAGCGAGGGAGUAGCGGCAUGGACAGGUACCAGCUUGACCCGACAACCAAAAGAAGGAGUAGCGAAAGGACCAGUGGAGGACUAAGGGAGCUCAGUGUUCCGUUUGAAGAGUCCACGUCUCUGGCCGAACUUGCUUCCCAGAGCGGCGCUGGGGGCAAAAAAAUCGUAUGCCAACUAACCAUGCUUGGGGUCAUGGAGGAUGGGCGGCCAGUCCCCAUACAGUCCCCUCGAAUGUCCAAAACCUACUUCUUGUUGGAACCGGACAGUCAGACGGAGGCAGGGAUCUCGCCCAAAACGCGAUUCCGCAUCCGAGAAGACAGAUCGGGUCCUUCUUCCUCGACUUCAGAGUCUGCCGGGAGGAACCUUCCUGUCACGUCUGCUGCUCCAGACUACUACAUCCUUGAGCCUGUUAGUGACCGCGACAGUAUCUGUGACGUCACUGAUGUCGAGCAUAGCGCUCCUUGCCGAGACUUAGACGAGGGCUGCAGCUCGGUUCCCAGUUCUAACCGGGGCCAAACUUUGCCAUUGUACAAAGAUGUCCGCAGUAUUUCCUGUCCAGUGGAAACAGUCCAGUGUCCUCGCCCCAAGCAACUAGAUUUCAAGCGGUCCGUGUCCUCCCCUCAGCCUGAAAAGAUUAGCCCUCGGGACAGGAAACUCGACCCCGUAUUUCUCCAGCAAAGAAUUGAAGAGGAGAUGAGAGCCCUAGGCAUCAUGCAGGCCGUGUGCAAUGACCGUAAUGAAGUCAGUGAUAUCAGCGAAGCGAGUGACAUUGAACAGGAUGAGAACUCAGACCGUCAGUCUAUGUCAAAAGAACGCAAGGGCCAUCUUGGCACGAGUAGCAGCGAUUACUUCCUCCUGGAGGCCACCGCGUCGAAGGAAAACGAAAACGAAGGAGGCGACAGCUUUCAGCCCCAGCUUCCUCCUCGCAGGCAACGGUCUGCUGGGAUGCCGACGACCCCUGACCUGGAGGUCAGCCCAGGCAAGUUCGCCUACCAGCGACAGAUCAGUCAGGGUGUGCCACCUCGCCUCCCUGAACGUAAUCCCAACAUGAAGUCACACACACGCAGCAAGAGCGAGACCCGGAUGUUCCUGCCCACCGGUGGCCAACCUUCGUCUCCCACUAACUGUCCUGCUGAUGACGGUCCCGUCAUCGUGUCCUUAAAGAAGAACAAAGCCGGAGAUGGGAGUGUAGCUCCUGUUUUCGGAUCUUCGGAAUCUUUUCGGCCUCGACUGCAGACAUUGCCGAGUGGAGCGUACUGAUCUGGAACAUUAAGAAAAAAAGAAUACGUAUAACCAAAGAAAUGACAAUCAGAAAUGACAAGAAACAAAGGUCGAGAUUCAAGUUAUAAUAAGAGUCAAUAAUACAAAGCAAUGCGAACAUACACGUCUCCCCUCCCUACCCACGUGUGCACUCGCUUUCUUUCUCUCACAAUGUACAAACACAGGCACGCAGACAAGACUGGCCACUAUGUGAAAGUACAACAAACUGUACAAUAAACAGCCACACUAGAGAACUGUGUACAGACCGCUGUCCUACAAACCUUUGGCUGAAGUGGGUUACAAGAGGGAUGAUCUAAUGGGAAGUGUAGCUUGAGGCUUUUAUUUGUCACUCCGACCUUCUCUGCCCCCUUUACAGCCUUGUAACUUGACUCAGCCUGCACUCAUCACACCCUCACUAGUCAUUCCCCCCCCCCAACAAAAACAACAACCAACACCCCACCCAACCCCACUCCUGUUUGACUAACAAGUGUGUACGUGCUCAAGGAGCAGUAUGUGACUUGGGGAGGUGGGGAGGAUAUUGUGCUGUUGAAGAUGAGUCGUGUCUGUGAUGAACUGUGUCGAGUGACUCAAUUUGUGAUGACAUGGGUGUCGAGACUGAUGACUGGAUUCACGAUCAUUGGUACUAGUCUACACUUGAGUAUUUACAAUAAACACUGGACCCCGUGACAUUUUCAACAACAGACUGCAUUUGUGAUAAAAUGUGCACCUCCAUAAGAGGAACACGAUGAAUUGUCUUGGCAACAAGGACUAAAUUUGUCAAGAAAAUUGUUUUCAUGUUAGAGUUUCUUACUUCAUCUCGAGACUUUGAUAAUAAGGUUUCGGUUUUUUUGGUAUGUUUUUGCUGUAGUCUUGCGAAUAACACCAAUAUUAACUCGAAAUACAUAAAUGCAUUGAUAGACUCA